GUUGCUCCGUCCGCUCCGCAGUGUGCUCACGCCCCGAAGGAUACGCGCUCCCUUGGGAUGAUGCAGACACGCGCCUCGUGCUCCUGCGAUCGUAGGGCUCCUCUGCCCGACAGCUUCGGACUGCGAUUCUUCAGUCUGCUUUUUCUUCUCUUGUGUUCAACGCUACAACGAGCGCUUGGCGAUGACUCAGACUUAGUCCCUGAACUCUGCGAUCUCAGGGACCAGCCGAUGUAUUGCAAGUGCGAGAAUAAACACAUCGGCAAGGACGACGUCGAAAUCACCUGCUUUGUUGUGAGAAAUCUCACAGAAGAUCACGUUGUUUUUAAAGCCUUCCAGAAUCAGCCAUCGAUCGUUUCGAUUGCCUUCAGCACGUUCCGUAGUGACUACCAUCUCCACUUUGUUCCGAGAGAAGCACUGCGUUCCGCGGCGCCUGCCCUGGAGAGCCUCAAGUUCACUCAAGCCAACCUUGGCUCGCUUAAGACUCACUCCUUCUACAACCUGCCUAAACUAAAGACGCUAUCUCUCGAUUCAAACGACAUCACCGACUUGGAAAAGGAGUCCAUUUCCGACUUGCCUCACCUCACAAAACUGGAGAUGGGCGACAACAAGCUCGUCAAGCUCCCUGCUCACGCCCUCUCGCGUCUGUCGGCACUGACGCACCUAUUCCUAGAGCGGAACCAGAUAAAGAGCAUCGAAGACACGGCCUUCGCUGACUUGGGUGCGCUAAAAGAACUGGACCUGAGCGACAACAUGAUCGUACAUCUGACUGAGGGCACAUUCAAGGGCCUCGACCAUCUAGAACGGCUGGACAUGUUCCGGAACAAGCUGCAGAGGUUGGACGCCCGGGUCUUCAGCGGGACGCCGGCGCUCGUGGAACUGGACCUCAAAUACAACAAGGUUUCGGAGGUGGACCCGCUGGCCUUCCAGGGAUUGCCGCGCCUCAAGAAGUUCUACUUCUCUCACAACCGGCUGCGGAUCUUACCGGCGAACAUGUUCUUAGGGGCGCCGAACCUGCUUACCGUGGACCUGUCGCAGAACCAGCUGCUCACGCUUACCUGGAGGACUGUCCAGGACUUGAGGAAGAUUGACGCCGAGUCCUUCGACAUGAGCCUCACUGGCAACAAGUUCAGCUGCGACUGCAGGAUCUCCUGGAUCGCGCAUCUGGCCAAUGCCACCAGGAACGACAACUUCCGGCGCGAGCUGCGGCACAUCAAGUGCGACUUCGCGGCGGCCGACGGUGCGACGGGUACCAGCAGCAAGGUGGCCCGCCUCAGUGCCAAGGAGCUCAACUGCCCCGAAGACCACGAGAAGCCCAAGUUCGAGAACUCGCGCCCCGAUGCCAAGGUCGACAGCACGACAAUGACCACCGUCGCUUCGCCGGACCAAGGCGACAUCCUCGAACACCGGGACGACAAGAACCAGAUCGAAGAGGAGGAGUCUGAAGAGGCGCUGGCCUCGGAGGCGCGGGACGACGCGACCGCAACGACGCAGGCAAUUAAGAACGAGAUUGACAUUGUGCUGAGUCAGCGGAAGGUGAUGCAGAAGCAAGCCGCCCACUCGCGGAAAGACAACGGAAACUCCGGCGCCUCGCUGGUCGGCUGGAGCAUCACGCUGCAGAUUUUCUUCGCCGUGGUGGCGAGCGGGAUGACCACCGCAGGGUUUUUGGUCCGGCAUAGCUGA